GUGAGAGAGAGGGAGGUGGAGAGGCUGUGCUGAACAGAGGCUGGGUCAGAGCGCUCAGUUGCUUCAGACAAUCACAGGGGAGCGAAAGAGACAGCAGGAGAAACAGAGGGGAAAAAAGAGAGAUUGGGAGAACACGGCAGACAGAGAAAGAGAGCAAAAAACAGACAGAGAGAGAAAGACAGAGAGAGAGAGAGAGAGGCAGAGAGAGAGAGAGAGAGAGGAAGAUAUGUGACAGGAUGUGGUUUCCCUGAGCUUGCAGAACAUCGGCACAGGCAUACUUUGAGCAUGACCUAAACACACCGAGCGUACAAGUGUGUUUGCCGCCUGAGCUCGGCGAGGUGCUGAGGGAGAGACGACGCGAACCGCUGGAGCUGCUGAGCCGCCGAGAGAAGCCGAGGCUGCUGUGUGCCUGCCUGCCUGCCUGCCUGCCUGCCUGCCUGCCUGCCUGCCACAGGGCUGCGUCUCCCCCUCCUCCAGCCACAUCCACAGGACCCCCGUCAGCUGUCAGGCAGGACUCGAGCCCGGGCUCUCCCUCUCCGGUGACGGCCUCCUGUCAAGUAGAAUGAGCUUGUCUGCUGGUCCAGUCGCUGCCUUCGCCUCUCAGCAGUGAACUUUUCAACUCGGCUUCCUUCUGAAACAGGGUCCGUGCAGACAGACCGACACACCGCGGAGCCAUGGGCUGCGGGCUACGGAAGCUGAAGCCGGCGUCGGAGGAGAGCAGUCCGGGCAAGAUCUACUCCACUCUGAAGAGACCGCAGGUGGAGACCAAGGUGGGCGUGGCCUACACCUACCGCUACCUGGACUUCCUGAUCGGCAAAGAUGGUGGGACGUCCACGCUGCGUCUGUCCUCGGUGCGGGAGCUGCCCGGCCAGCUGCAGGAGCUCUACCAGCAGGGCUUCAUCCUGGCAGCCGUUCACCCCUUCAUCCACCCCUGUGGUCCAGAGUCCAACAGCCCCCAACACCAGCUCUACCGGGCCAUCCUGGUCCGACUCAAUGAUGGGGUGGAAAGGAGCCAGCCUGUCUGUCCGGCCUACCGUCUGCAGCUGGAGGACUGUCUGUCUGCUGAGCAGGUGCCCACCCCAGAGCUCAUCCAGGGCUAUGUCAAGAAGCAGAUCCAGGACGCGGCCGACCAGGGAGUGAUGUUUGUGGGCUUUGUUCAGGAACCCUACGGCGCACCGUGCACCAGGAUCAGAGAACCAGAGACCCCCUCCCUGUCCCUCCACUCCAGCCCCAGCUCUGUGCUCGGUUCCCUGGGCAGCUGCAGCCCCUCGAACCCCUCGAGCCCCAGGAACCACGGGGAACCAGCGGCUCAGGGAGACGUAACGGACACAGAGGGGAACCAGGGCCUUGAAGCCCCGCAUGAGGCCGGGGAGGGAGCGCCGGGCGAGGAGCAGAAGCCGAGCGAGAACAUUGGGAACCACGCAGGUACUGGCGGGGAGCGUGGCCAGGACGAGCUUUCAUCGGCCGCUUCUCCAGUAUCAGAGGGAGAUCUGGAGCACAGUGAGGACCUGACAGAGGACGACUCGAUGACUCACAAUAACAACAAAGCCAACGGCAGAGAGACGAAGGAGAGGCCGAGAUACCGCCUGCGGAGAGGCAACGGGGUGGAGCUGCUGGCGCUGUUCAACCACCCGGCCGUCCGAGAGGGCCACGUGAAGUACUACACUGUCAAGGUGCCGCUGCGGGUUCAAAACCGCGACGAGGGGGUCAAAGGAGUGGAGGCCAACUGGCUGGAUCACAUGACCCAGCACUUCAACAACGGAGCCUCGCUGGUCGAUGGAUACUUCCACCUGGGCAACGAGAACGAUUUACUGCCUAAGUCGGUGGAAAGCGUCUUCAUCUUCCAGGAGGCGACCGAAAGUGAGCUGAGCGCGGCCAACCCGACGUACGAUGCUAUCGUGGUCGAGCAGUGGACCGUCAUCGAUGGUUUGCAGGUGAAGGCAGACUACGUUCCUCUACUCCAGUCCCUCGCCACGUUUGGCUGGAGACUCACUUGUGUGCUGCCCACGCCCGUUAUCAAGACUAACAGUGAUGGAAGUCUGUCCACCAAACAGAUCGUUUUCCUGCAGAGACCUGUCUUGAGCCGAAAGAGGAGGGAAUCCAAGAAGCUGAUCUUCAAAACCCGAAGCAAGUCCAACAAGAACUGCAUCAAAGACGCAGCAAAGAACAAGAAGAAGAAAAAGAAAACAGCAGCCGCGGAGAGGGAUCUGGAAGAUCCUAAGAUUCUCGAUGAGAGGGAAAAUGUUGAAAAAGAGGAGGCCAAGAGCAGAGAUGAAAGGGCGAACACAACAGAGGUAGGAGAGGCCUGUAAAGAGGGUGAGACAGCUAAAGAAAGUGAGGCAAAGAGUGAGGGAGAUGGAAAGAUUGAUGAUGGGAUUGAAAUCGGCGUAGAGAAUGACAAAAUUAAAGAUGGAGGUGCAGAGAAAAGGGACCAAGGAGCGGAAAACGGCACAGGAGAAGACGGAGAAGAAGAAAAGCCAACACAAGAAAGAAUGGGAUCGAGAGAGAAUGGGGAGCAUUUAGAAAAUGGAGACGUGGAGGAAGUGACAGAAACCGUUGUGACUGUCGAAACAGAGAGAGAGACCAAAGACGAGGAGAAUGAGGGGGGAGUCCGUGUUGAGGCAGUGUUGGAAAAUGGGUUAGACACAGAGGAAACGAAAGAAGAGGCUGGAGAAAACGCCACCAAACCAGAGAAGGAAGAUCCAGCCGGCGUGGAGGCCAUUACUAAGGAGGUUGUGGCAGGAGCACAGGUCCCACCAGCGAAUCAAAGCGUUGAAGAGACUCAAGAGUAGUCCCGAGCGACCAAUCAAGGCUUUUCCCUACCCUACCUCUCAAAUUCCCCGACUUGAGGACACGUUCCGGCCCUGGAACACAAUGUUAUCCUUGAUCUGAAUUACAAAGGGGUUUGGAUCCCUAUCGCUGCAGCAUUCUCCACUCCCAAUGUCGUAUUCCCUGACCUUCUUCGUAUUCAAGUCCCCCCGCAAUCUGCCACAGAGUAGCUAUGGAGCAAUUCCAUGUACCCGCAGACAUCAGUCCUACUGUAUAACCCCACAUACUGAAUGUAUAUAUCCAAAACAGGAGAUGCUGAUGCAAGACGGUCACCUUGGAGUCACUGGAAUAAUUGAAGGUAUGAUUGGACUGAUGAGGAUCAACAAGCGUUAAUAGGGUUGAGAGUCUGGAAUAAGACCAGGAUCAGAUAUAGGAUGGCUUUUUUUCUUCUGCUCAAACACAAGUAGAGAGAGCAAGAGCUCAAACAGCGCAAGGAGCGUGGUAUCACUCUCACUGCCAUGCGGCACAAAACUUCAACUCGCAGGCCUAUCUAAGUUGCGUUAGACAGCCAACCUGAAAGAAAUAGAGGGUAUAACAUUCCUGAAAAUAUCAAUGGACAGGAGAGGGGCAGCAUUUGCUCGCUGUUAAAGAAAAGGGUGACGCGCCCGGAAAACAGAAGAUGUGGCCACUAGAAAGUGGGAGAAAAGAGCACUGAGUUUUAUUUUCUUGUCCAAGAGCUCUGCCUAGACAGUGCACGUCUCAAGGGCUACUUUCCCCUGACACUGGAUCAAUUCGAGUGGCCUCUUCAGUUUGUGAAACCGAGGAUGGUGCCCACUGUCAUUUAGAAGGGACGUGCAGCUGCCGCGAGCACACCGUCGAAAAGAACCGAAUCGAAGACGCAGGUUGUGUCGCGGAAGGUGCAAAAGGCGUCCUGUGUGAGCACUGACUGUAUCAUGAUUUCCUGUUCCUUUGUCCUGUGUGCCACAGUUUCGUCUUGUUCCAGAGGGAAUUCGGAGGAGAACUCCGGUAGAGGUGAUAGUAAAGGCGUUUGUUGCGACAGGCAAUCCAAAGUAAGGUGAAGAGAUAAUUGUUUACGCUGAGCUCUAAGCCGUCAAGUGCUUCAAAGAGAGCCGAUAAUCACUCUUUGGUGUAGUGUGCUAAGCUCACCUUGCAUACAGAAUGUUCCAUAUUGAAGCCAAGUUAGAUAAGGAUGUGAAAUUCAGCUGAAUGUUUGCAGCUCCGGGGCAGAACCCAUAUUUAGACACACCGACUUACCUUUUAGAGUUUACAUAUUGUGGCGCGUGUUUCUGCCCAAAGUUUAGUUUUUAAGUACAUUUCCAAUUAAUGGUCAUGAAUAAAUGUAGUCGUCAAAAUAGAAGUAAGGGGAAGCUGCGUAUUCAGGGCCAAGGCUGGCUAUUUACUGAGACCAAAAUAGAGACAGGAGGAGAGAGAAAUUGAGAGAGAGAGACUGAGCGAGAGAGAGAGAGAGAGAGAAAGCAUUAACGUGAGAUUGAGAAAGAGAGAGAGAGAGCGACUGCAGCACAUAAGAAAGUCAAUUUAAAGAAAUGAAUAGGCUAAUAUAAAAUAAUGUCCAUUUUCAUUCCACGUCCCCCCGUCGACAUUUCUUUCAUUACUUUACCUCCGGCUUUUUAAGCACCUCUUAACAGGCAUCAUUUCUGACAAUAACCAAGUCAUAAUGUGUUGUUUCAUGCUAUCAUGUUACUUUCCAUUUAAAAGUGUGCAUGUGUGUGAAAGGGGUGGGGGUGGGGGGGUAUUCAUGCCAUAUAGCUCUCAUUAGCUCACUAAUGGAUUUUGUCAGUGGGGUAUCUGUCAGGGAUCAUACAUUUAUAAUGGGGGUCACUUAUUGGGGGAGCUAUUGACAGCAGAACACCUCAGCGUGUCGAAUGAAUAACCUUCUCAUCUAAAGCUGAUGUCACAUGGAUUGAUUUGCACUGGCAGAAUAUAACCUGCAUUUAAAGAGGUCUGUUCCAAAAUGCUACAUAUCCACAUAAAAAAAACAACAUUACCUACAAUUCAAGACACAAUAUGCCUGAAAUAUGUCCCAUUUGUAAAAAAAAAAAAAAAAAAAAAAAAAAAAAAAUAUUAUUUUGUCAAUCAAGGACUCAAACUACCUACUGUCCUGAUGCAUAAGGACAUAAUUUAUCAUACUUUGAAUCUUUUAUUGUGUAAGAAGAAGUGUCACCUUCUCCCAUGGUGGAUAUCUCAUUUUGGGAUGCAGCUCUUCAUUUUCAGACACGUAUGAUUGAUGAUGUCGAGUAAGUGCGCCCCGUCUGGUCGAUUACGUCAUCGCCCGUUGAGAUUUUUUUAUUUUGUUUUAUUUUAUUUUGUUUUCAAUGUACAAUGGAAAUUGUUUUGUGUAGAGUAGAAUAUAAAACUGUGACCAGUUUAGCCUUAUUACUAUAUUGUAAAUGACCCACGAGUCCGCUAUUAGAAAUGUCUUUUAGAGGCACAGUUGUGAUUUAAGUGUUAUAUGUUUGUUAUAGUCAAACAAGAAAGUUAUGCUACAGUCAGUGUUGGUAUUUUGAAGGUAACUUUACUGUUCCCUGUUUGAUUAUGGAAACCAGAAAGAGGGAAAAUUGUCCUGAUUGAAGUGUUUUAAGAUUUGAAGAUGAGCUCUGUGUUUGUCUAUAUGAAGGUAAUAUGUUUGGGAUGUUUUUUGUUUUUGUUUUUGUUUUUUGAAGAUGUAACUUUUUUUUUUUUAAUUUCAUUGUGAUCGUUCUGUUCUUUGUGUUGAUUUGAGUCGGCUUUGUGUUGCCUCUGCUGUUCUGCUAAAGCUUGCUGCAGCAUAUUUCUGAGUGACGCUUCGAGCUACCUCGCGAGGGCUGCCGUGGGUUUUGACCGCGGGAUCGCCAUGUGGUGACCCGCUGCAACAUAUGCUCCUUGUCCUCCUGCCCUCCAAUAUGAUGGAGCUGAAACCUGUGAGCGUGAGGUCAUGGCUAAUGGCAGACAAGGUCAAGGGUCAUGUUUGAACCAGAAUGGAUUUUCCACAGCUGUACACAGGAGUUUGCACGUCCAUGGCAAAUAACCACUCUGAUACCAAGUUGAGAUAUGAAGUCAUAUCAUAACAUUAUCUGUGGUAUUUUCUUUUCCAUUUUUUUUUAUUCAUUUCUCUCAGCUGCUUUUAGCUUUGGGCUGUUUGAGCUUUAAUAAGCACUUAUUGGAUUUGACAAAUAUUUUAUUUAGCCCGCUGCAUCAAAGCUGGGGGGAGAAAAUGUGACGUGGUUGUCACUUUCAUAUUCCUGCAAGACUAUGACAAAUAUGAAUAAUGAAAGGCAAUAUCAGAUAACUAAAGAGAUCAUUAUGAAUAUUUGAGAAAUUUCCCCACUGAACCUUCAAUGUAUUCCUCCAGAUUUAAUCCUUCUUUUUUUAUCCAUUUUUCCCGGUGUUGAGAUAAACGUUGAGUUGUCAUCCUUCUUUUUUAUGAAUUUACUUCUAUCAGUAUUCUGCCUUUUCGCACCAGAGAGUCCAGACAUGCACUCAUUAUUCAUUUUUAUAUCUGUGACUGUGACAUAUAUUCCCCUUUGGCAUCCUGUGAAAGCAGAAAGAGCACAUUGUACUUUAGCUAUGGGAGCGGGGCUUGGAAAAUCAGUUAGCGGCGAGGUGAUCUCAUUUGACUUAACUUUCUGACUCCCACUGUAUUCCGGUUGGCCGUCCAUGAACAUGGAUUAUUGUGACCUUGACAGGAGUUGGGGCACAUUACAGCAGGCCCUGUAUCCGUCCAUCCCACUUGCAGUCAUGACCCUCAGGGCUCCAUCUUUCCCUGAUAAGAGCCGAUUGCUUACUGUGCAGUCCAACCUCUGACAUGAGUACACUCCAGGGAUUGUGAGUAACUGUGUGUUUUUUUUUUAAAGCCCUGCAUCACACAAAGAAAAUGCACAGACAGGGCGAGAAAAAGCAUGGCAGGAUCUGACACUUCAUCAGUUAAAUGGUCCUGAACCGUGUUAACUUAGCCGUCCGUGAAAAGAAAGAGACCUUUGACUAAUGCUAGACAUAAGUAUACAUCUGCGCCCCCUAUUCAUUCAUGUAAAAAAACAAAUUAUAUACAGUUUCCUGUCGUAUAUAAGCAUAAUUGUCUCUGAGCCUCAGUAGCGGCGCUGGUGCAAUCGUUUUUGCUGUAAAAAAACUAAAUGGUUCAUUUCCUGUGUGCUACUAUGAUGUGAAAUGGACAGAGUAGAAAUGACAGAACAUGAUACAAUAGGAUACAGUCCUCUUUUAUUUCCUCUAUGUUGUCACUUUAGCUUGCUCACAGCCUCUGGAAAAUGUAUUCUUAGGUUUCGUGUCUGAUGUUACAGUUUUCGUCACCUCGGCUGCCAUCUUGAAUGUUUAGUAUCUUUGAUCAUCUGCUAUUUGAUCACUUGCAUAGCAGCGUUUGCUAUCAAAGAAGAAGAAGUACUCUUUAUCUUUGCUAUCCUGAGUAUGUCCACAUUCCUAUUGUCCAUGACAUCUGUACAAUUUGUAUAUUAUAAAAUGAUUUAUAUUUAAUGUG